AUGAAAAGGUUGCGUACAUUGAAAACGAAGCUAAGAGGCAACAAUGACAGCUCAGCUUCCGUCCCCAUAAGCCCCCCGCAUAAUUUUCCUAUCGCUGCGUCGGUCGUCUCUAAAAUGUCUAAACUGCCCAUCCCCUCAACUCGCAACUUCGUCCGCACGACGAAGGGCAUUUUUGGUUUCCUCCUCGAACGUCGUCGCCCAUGGCGAUCCCGAUCCGCGGCGGAGUUAAUCAGAGCGUCCUCCUCGUCGUCUUCUUCGUCCCCGUCGUCGUCGUCGUCGUCGUCCGGAGGAGGAGGAUCGGGGGUUGGGAUCAACUCCAACUCCGUGCUCGUGGCGCUCCUCGACUCCCACUACACGGAGCUCGCGGAGCUGGUGGAGAAGGCCCUCCUGUUGCAAACCCUAGAGGACGCGGUGGGGCGCCACAACCUCACCGUCUUCGCCCCCCGCAACGACGCCCUCGACCGCGACCUCGACCCCGAGUUCAAGCGCUUCCUCCUCGAGCCCCGCAACCUGCGCUCCCUCCAAACCCUAAUCCUCUUCCACUGCGUCACCCACCGCCUGAAGAAGCCCGCUCCCCCCGUCCCCCCCGGCUCCCCCCCGGCCCUCCCCAUCUUCGACGCCAUGGCCCCCGGCCCCUCGCUCGCCCCCGCCCCCGCCCCCGGCCCCGGCUCCGGCAAGCACUGGUUCGACGGCGAGAGCCAGGUGAAGGACUUCAUCCAGACCCUCCUCCUCUACGGCGGCUACAACGAGCUCGCCGACAUCCUCGUCAACCUCACCUCCCUCGCCACCGAGAUGGGCCGCCUCGUCUCCGAGGGCUACGUCCUCACCGUGCUCGCCCCCAACGACGAGGCCAUGGCGCGCCUCACCACCGACCAGCUGAGCGAGCCCGGCGCGCCCGAGCAGAUCGUGUACUACCACCUCAUCCCCGAGUACCAGACCGAGGAGAGCAUGUACAAUGCCGUGCGCCGGUUCGGCAAGGUGCGCUACGACACCCUGCGCCUCCCGCACAAGGUCGUCGCCCGCGAGGCCGACGGCUCCGUCAAGUUCGGCCAGGCCGAGGGCUCCGCCUACUUGUUCGAUCCCGAUAUCUACACCGACGGCAGGAUCUCCGUCCAGGGCAUCGACGCCGUCCUCUUCCCCCCCGACCAGGCCCUCCCGCCCGGCGCCGCCGUCGCUCCCGCCGACCGCAAGCCGCCGCCCCUCGUCAAGCGCAAGCCCAAGCCCAAGCCCACCAGGAGAGGGAAAUUACUGGAAGCGGCGUGCCAGAUGCUAGGCGGCUUUGGUCAACGCUUCUCCAGCUGCCAAUCAUAAUUUUUAAACAAAAUUCGGGUGAUGACAAGUCAAGGACCAAAAAAAAAA